UUAAGUUCAUGGCCAUAGCAUCCACUAAGGAGAACCAUUGCACUGAACAGGAAAGUACACAGAAGGAAAAAUAGUACUAACUAGGAUUACCAAGGCAAUGAUUAAGGAAAGAAACUUUACUGAGAUCACCGAAUUCAUCCUCCUAGGAUUCUCUGAUUUCCCCCAAAUCACAGCACUGCUUUUUGUUAUGUUCCUCAUCCUGUAUAUUACAACCCUGACCUGGAACCUGUCCCUUGUUGUUUUAAUAAGGAUGGACUCCUAUCUCCAUACACCUAUGUACUUCUUCCUUAGUAAUCUGUCCUUUAUAGACAUCUGCUAUAUCUCUUCUACAGUCCCAAAGAUGCUUUCCAACCUCUUCCAGGAAAAGCAAACUAUCAGCUUUGUGGGCUGCAUAGUUCAAUACUUUAUGUUUGCCACAAUGGGACUGAGUGAAUCUUGCCUCAUGACAGCCAUGGCCUAUGACAGGUAUGCUGCCAUUUGUAACCCUCUUCUGUACUCAUCAGUCAUGUCACCCACACUUUGCGCUCAGAUGGUGAUGGGAAGCUACACAGCAGGAAUCAUGGGUUCUCUAUCUCAGGUGUGUGCCUUGCUGCAGCUCCACUUCUGUGGACCUAACGUCAUCAGACAUUUCUUCUGUGACAUGCCCCAGCUGUUAAAUCUAUCCUGCACUGACACUUUUUUUGCACAGGUAGUGCUUCUCAUAUUAACAAUGUUGUUUUGUAUUUCAAAUGCUUUAGUCAUCAUAAUAUCCUAUGGCUAUAUUGUCUUGUCCAUUCUGAAGAUCACUUCAGCUAAGGGUAGGUCCAAGGCAUUCAAUACUUGUGCUUCUCACCUGACAGCUGUUUCCCUAUUCUACACCUCCAGUGCUUUUGUAUAUUUGAGUUCCAGCUCUGGUGGCUCCUCCAGCUUUGAUAGAUUUGUGUCUGUCUUCUACACUGUGUUGAUUCCUAUGUUGAACCCUUUGGUUUAUAGUCUGAGGAACAAGGAAAUCAAAGAUGCUGGAAAGAGGUUACAGAAGAAGCUGGGAUGCUGCUAA